GGAUUGUACUCUCUUGCUAGUAGUUUCGCUUCUCUUUUCUCUCUUAUUACCACACGCCAUUCUCUCACCAAUCCAAGAUGGCCGAAGAAACAAACGUCGUUGCUGAAACCGUUGCUGAACAGCCCGCUGCUGUCGCCGCUUCUCCUGCAGCCAAGCCCAAAAAAGCCGGUAAAGUAGCCAAAUCAUCGGCAGCCAAAGCUCCCGCCGCCAAAAAGACACGACCGGCUGCGGCCAAAAAGGUAGCUUCUCCCGUGAAGACUGUUGCUGCUGUUACACCGAAACCAAAGAAGGUCGCCAAGCCCGCUGCUGCUUCUGCUCACCCACCAUACCUCGAGAUGGUCACCAAGGCCGUCGUUGCUCUCAAGGAACGCAGCGGAUCUUCCCGCCAGGCCAUCCUCAAGUACAUCCUCGCCAACUUCCAGGUCGGCUCUGACCCCAAAUCCGCCAAUCUCCACUUGAAGCAGGCCCUUAAGCGUGGUGUUACCUCCGGAGUCCUUAAGAACACCAAGGGUGCCACUGGCGCUGCUGGAUCUUUCCGUGUUUCUGCUGAGGCCAUGAAGCCCAAGAAGGUCGACAAGAAGGUGCAACCAGUCGUUGCCAAGAAACCUAAAGUUGUGAAGAAGGUUUCGUCUCCAAAGAAACCAAAGGCUGCUGCUAAGAAACCCGCUGCACCCAAGAAGGCCAUCGCUGCCGUCAAGAAAGCCGCACCGGCUGCCGCAAAGCCCAAAGUAGCUAAGCCUGUUGCUGCCAAGAAGGCUGCUGCACCUGCCGCCAAGAAGCCCGUUGCGGCCAAGAAAGCCGCUGCUCCCAAGAAAGCGGCCGUUAAGGCACCGAAACCCAAGGUUGCCAAACCAGCUGCUUCUCCGAAGAAAGUCGCACCCAAAAAGGCCGUCGCCGCAAAGGCAGCCAAAGCCGCCAAAUCUCCCAAAGCCGCCACAAAGAAAGCAGUUGCCAAGAAAUAGAUACCUUUCAUCAGUUCAAUACCUUAGUAACCUCUUCCCAGUUCGCGAAUCGCUGACUUCAAAAGGAAAAUCGAAACCUCAUUCAUGAAGAUCUCCAUACCUGCGACCGAUGCCCCAUGAACUCAUCUGUACAUUCUAUCAUUCAUCAUCCCAAUAUCUAGACAUCCAUUUCCCAUCAUUAUACGAAUAUCUUGUUGAAAGAAGCGCGGCUUGUACAUAUAAAUAAUGGCAAUUUAAGAAAUAAAAUUUCGUAUUUACAGUAA